CCGAAGGUCCCCUGACCGAUCUUCGCCAGCCGCUCGUACUUGGAGACCUCGUCACAGUAAGGAAACUCCAGCGCGUCAUAGUUCUUGGCCAUGGCCGGGACUGAGGAGGAGGACGAGGGAGGAGGCUCAGACCCGGACGGACCGCGGCUGUCCGAUUCCGGGCACAGGCCGCCGACCCCCGGCCUCUCCCGGUGCUGGGCGGAGGAGUUCAGGCUGGAGGCCUCUGCGAGCUUCAAGGCGAUUAAAGAAAGGGGCGAGCGAGAACUACCGGGAACACCGGGCUCGGAGCGGCCGCUGGGACUAAGGCCUGCACUAUGGGUGUCCGUGAUAGAGAAAGAGUUCUUUAAGCUGAAUGUGUUCGGUAGCCUCAGCAGCCUGCCCCGGGCCUUCCGCAGAAAAGACUCUCAAAAUUCGGAGGGGUGUAACAAUGUCAGCGUGGACCAAGUCUUCCAGAAGACACAAGAUGACCUCACGACCAUACCCAAGAGCCCUUCCUAUGCCAGGUCAAGCGACAUGUACAGUCACAUGGGGACCAUGCCUAGAAUCAGCAAAAAACUCUCCAAAUCCAAGAAAGAGAAAAGCAAGGGGCAUCCAUCCACCAUGGCAGCGCACUCCACCAAUGACCUACUGGAUCAAGACGCCAGUGAUAUCAUAGUGGUUCCUUCCCUAAAGACACAAAGGAGAACGGAAGUAUCUCCGAUACAAGACAGCGUGAACGGCCAGAGGGAAGAGGUCGUGAAGGACAACUGCGAUGGCCGCCCAAGCAAUUCCGGCCCACGGAGCCCGGAGGUGACACCAGACGUCACUGAGAAAGUAGAAGAUCGGACUAUAGAGGAGGAGGUGACAAAGAGCAAAGACAGUAGUGACGAAAGCACCUGCAGCAGUCUGGAUGGUGGCAGUGAGUACGUAAAGUUUUCCAAGGAGAAGUACAUCUUGGAUACUCCUCCAGAAAAACUGCAUAAGGAGUUAGAGGAGGAGCUAAAGCUUAACAGCUCGGACCUGCGCAGCCACGCCUGGUACCAUGGGCGCAUACCACGAGAGGUGUCGGAGAACUUGGUGCAGAGAAACGGGGACUUUCUUAUCAGGGACUCAUUGACCAGCCUGGGCGACUACGUGCUGACCUGUCGAUGGAAGAACGACUCUCUGCAUUUCAAGAUCAACAAGGUGAUGGUGAAGACCAGCGACAGCUACACCCGUAUACAGUACCUCUUCGAACAGGAGAGCUUUGACAACAUCCCGGCCCUGGUGCGCUUCUAUGUCGGCAGCCGACGGGCCGUCUCGGACCAGAGCGGUGCGCUCAUCUAUUGUCCUAUCAAUCGCACCUUUCCACUACGUUACCUGGAGGCCAGUUAUGGGCUAUCCCCGGGAAGGCAGGGCUCUCAGAGCCCCCAGAAGGGACAUAUGAAGAGAAGAAGUAUCACCAUGACUGAUGGACUUACUGCAGACAAGAUCACCAAGAGCAAUGGCUGCCCGAACAGCGCCUCUUCUCCACAUCAUAGAGAUAUAGUCAGGACCUGUGCAGUCAGUGUGGACCAGAUCCAAGACCUUCACUCCCCAAUGUCUCCUAUUUCUGAGACCCCCGGAUCCCCAGCCUAUAGUACAGUGGUCAGGGUGAAGCCCCAGGGGACUCCAGCAGCCAAUGUACCUCCAGGUUCCCCAGUACUAAGACGCUCCAGUGAACCUUAUGUGAAUCCAGCAAAUAACAAGGCCACGUUAAACAUGGCGGAAAGUACCCAUUCCACGCCCAGUCAUGGAUACCCACCAAUCUCCCCCUCACCCUCUAUAAACAGUUACAGUGACCCCGACAAUGGACACUAUUGCCAGCUACGCCCAGCCUCCCCGACACACGACACCUACAACAAACCUCUGCCCCCCAAGAGCUACGUAGAAAGGUUAAAAGUUGAUGAAGGUAUCAGGGCGGGCGUCACGCGGGUGGUGGACGAUACUGACAAGGACAGACUCUCUUUUACUAUCCCGAGCAUAGAAGCCCAAUCUUCAUUCAACCCAUCAGCCUUCAAGUCCAUGCUGAUUCCUGCAGACAACAAGCCCCUGGAGAUGUGCAUCCUGAAGAAGGUCAAGGAGUUGUUUUCUGAGGUCGAUGCGAAGACUAUUGCCAAACAUAUCACCAAGACAGACUGUGAGGUUGCCAGGAUACUCGGUGUUACCAAGGAGAUGCAGAGGACCAUGGGAGUCAGCUCAGGCAUGGAGCUCUUGACGCUGCCGCAUGGCCGCCAGCUGCGACUUGACCUUCUCGAAAGAUUUCACACUAUGUCCAUCAUGAUUGCGGUGGACAUCUUGGGCUGCACUGGAAGUACGGAGGAGAGGGCGGCGUUGCUCCACAAGACCAUCCAGCUGGCAGCCGAGCUGAAGGGCACACUGGGAAAUCUGUAUAGCUUCGCGGCCGUGAUGAAUGCAUUGGAAUUGGUGCAGAUCUCACGACUGGAACAGACAUGGAUUGCCCUGAGACAGAGACACACGGAGGGCGCCAUAUUGUACGAGAAGAAACUGAAGCCGUUCCUGAAAAGUAUGAAUGAAGGAAAAGAGAGUCUCCCGCUGAGCAACACCACGUUCCCCCAUAUCCUGCCCCUCAUCACCCUUCUGGAGAGAGACUCCCCUCAGCUGGAUGGCGGAGAGCCGUGGGACAGCAUCGACAACGGGGUAGAAGUGGUCAUGUCUCAUCUAGAAGCUGCCAGAAUGGUGGCACAUCACGGGGGCCUGUACCGCACCAAUGCCGAAAUGAGGCUCCAAGGCUUCCAUCCCCGAUCGGAUCUAUUGGAGGUCUCCAGCACUGAAUUCCAGAUGCGGAUGCUAUGGGGCAGCCGAGGAGCCGCUGGAAGCCAAGCCGAGAGGUACGACAAGUUCGACAAAGUCCUCACCGCUCUCUCACACAAACUGGAACCGUCUGUGCGCUUCAGCGAAUUAUAACAAAGAACCCAGCGAUAAAGACUGGAAAACAAAGGGAUUAAAUGUGUCCAAAGCAAUGAACGAAUGAAUGACUUCUUAUGGAGGAACUAUAGCACUUUUUAUGACUUUUCUUGGGGGGGU